GCGGGGGCAAUAAAUAUCAGACGGACCUGCUUCCUGUUUUGAAACGUACUGCCCAUUUCUCAUAAAGGCAAUGAUAAUAAUAAUAAUAAUAUUGAUGAUAAUGAUGUAAACGCGCGUUUUUGAGCGCACUGAUCUGAUCCUGCUGUAAGCAUGUCGGUGAGCUCGGGUUGCAGUACGGUGCUGAUGUCGGUGCGGGUGUCGGUUCGGCCGCUGCGCGUGGGCUCGGACUCUUUGCGGCUGCAGCUCAGUAUGAACCCGAGCCGCGCGGGACUCUUCACGCUCACACUCAGACACAACGACCGCGGAGGACGCAGCGUGUCUUUAGCAGAGUUUGAUCUUCGCUCAGUGAAGUACGAGAUCACAUCAGCUCGAUGUCAUGAACUGCAUCUCAUUAAGCCACCCCACGACUCCCUCACAUUUACCUUCCGAAGCGAGCAGGAGGCCCAGGAGUGGGCUACUGUCAUGAUGUCAUCACUGAGAGAGGCACACCGAGUUGCCAGCACUUUGCAUCCUUCACAUGAUGGACAGCAGCAUACGAAGUGCAGUGAAAAAAACUCAACCUUGUCCAUGUCAACAAAAGAGGAGUUGUGUAUAGAGCUUUCACGAGCUAUAGAGGCUGGAGAUACUGCUGCAGCAGUGCGCUACGCCUCCGAUCUCGCCCAGCAUCAGAUAGCACUGAGUAUUCAGCCAACUCCAAGAGACACUGAGGACGGGGAGAUAAGUUUAGCUGUGGUAGUAGAGGAUGCAUCGUCAUCUUGUUGUGUUACGGUAAAAAUCCUCCCCCAUAUGACGGUUUCCUCUUUAAAGCAGCAGAUGUUUCUUGAAUAUGGUUUUCAUCCCAAGGUGCAGCGUUGGGUCAUCGGACAGUGUCUGUGCGCAGACUCCCGUUCCUUAGCGUCUUAUGGCGUCUGUAGGGACGGUGACACAGCAUUCCUCUACCUUCUGACUGCCCGUCACGCCUCCCUCAGUCGUCAGCUGUGCCGGCAGGACCAGGAGAACGCCGUCCUCAUGCUGACACCAGCAACAAACCCUACAGCUACUCAUACACCAGCUAGCAGCAGCAGUCCCAUUAGUCACGACUGGAGAGGUUACAGUACGCUACCUCCUCGAUUUAGUCACAGCAGCUCAGGUGGUAGUGGGUGUGGCACAGAGAAACCUAGCGUCAGUGACAUCAUUAACCUUGAUAUUCGGCAGCCCGGAGGGUCCAAACUGAAAUCAAUAAACACGCAGUUGGGGUGGUCCUGCCCUUCCUGUACAUUUAUAAAUAAAUCCACAAGACCAGGCUGUGAAAUCUGCAGCGCAGAUCGACCCAACCCUCCCAAUCACAGUAGCACUCAUCAGGAAAAAGUAAGAAGAUCUGAUCAGUGAAUGUGGGUUGUAAAUGCACAAGAAUAUUAACAGACACAAAAACUCUAAACUCCCAUUCAUACCAAAUCCAGUAGCCUUGAAAUGCCGGCCCUCAGUUUCUGUUAUUCAGUUUGAUGUUUUUCAGCGAAGCUUAAAACUUUCACAGUGAUUGAAUUGCUGAUUUUACCAUUUAAUAACCUCACUCCAGGUGUUGCCACCACAGAGAAGUUAUUGGCAGGCAAUAUUUCAGGUUUGUUAAGAUUACACAGCCUGGCAAAAAUAUUUUUUUACAUCAAGAUUUGGAGAGGGUCUUGUAUUGUUGAAAGGAGAGUCAAACCAAACACAUUUGAACUAUUUCCAGUCAGCUCCAGCAUUUUUUAUGAUUUUCACAAAAGUUUAAUGCCUUCUAGAAAAUGCUCUUUUUUUUUAAAGGAACAAUAAGUAGGAUUUACCCCCAUGUAGUGUUGAAAUUGUUUUUUGCAUUCAAACAAAUAGUGCUCUCUAGCGCCUCGCUUGUCCAAAUGCGUGUUGCAAAUACGGUAGCCGUUAUGUAAUCACUGAUCUUUUUGUCCGUUCAGCUGGUUCACGUGUUCUGAAUGAAAAUGCGUUGUGGAAACGCGUUGGUAGGCUAGUGCUUUUUAAUGCUUCAGUGUUUUAUAAGUUGGGUAAGAGUGCCACCUAGUGGAUAAUAGAGGAAAUAUGAAUUGCUGUAAAAACUCAUCAUUGGCAGGGAAACGUUUUCUCUUAAUUGAAGAGAUAACUUGUCAAUGGCGGGGAAAGAGUUAAAGACUUUCUCUUUAGAUGUUUUCUGUGUUUGAUGCAGGUCAAUAAUUGACCCUGGUAUACAUCGUUGGACAUAGUUCAUGAAAUGAGAAGUAACUGCAUCAGUUUGGGUUAAACGACUUGCUGUCAGUUAAAACGUAUUAUUCAUUUAAAUAGUAAUCCAUUAAUGCACUCUUUUGCCAGGCAGUGUAUUUAAGGCAUCUCUCCUCAUAUAGAUAAUACAUGUUUUUUAAUGUCAAAUUUUCAAUUGGCCCGACCUGUUUGCAGGUGGUAGGUCAUUUGUGGUGUUAUGAGGUUAUUAACAAAUUGAAUUGCUUUGUAAUUUAAGUCAUGUUUUUUUAAAUGUUACUCGUUACACAGUAUGCUAGCCAAUGUUCUUGCCAAUUUCACAUCAGGACAAAUAUCAUUUAGAUGUAUCAGGUUUUAUUUAUGUUCUCUUUGGACUGUAGGUGCCAAGUUUUACAGUCCUUGUCAGAAUUGUUGGCACACUUUGUAAAUAAGAGCUGAAAUAAAUCUGCAUUGUUUAUUCUAUUGAUCUUUUAUCAAAAAAAUCUUUCAAAAAUCUAACAUUUUAGUGAAGUACAACAAUUUACACGGUUCCCACGGGUCCUUGAAAUCUUUGAAAGUUUUUGAAUCUGGGCAAAAAAAUUCAAGGCCAUGGGAAGUUUUUGAAAUAUCCAUACAUAGAUACAGGACAUUGAAAGUGCUUGAAUCUAUUUUAUGAAAGAAGUUUUCUGUGUAGUGUAGGAUAAUAUCAUAAAAAUUCUAGACUUUUUAAGCACCUGUGCUAAACUGUUCACUUUAAAUGCUUAUAUCUUCUGUAUGUGAAUGUUGAUUCAUACCAAAAUGCUUUUUUGCAUAGUUGUAUUUGACACAUGAAAACAUCUCUGGUUACGUAUGUAACUGUUGUUCCCUGAGAAGGGAACAAGACGCUGCGUCUCCCUUGCUAUACUUCCUGCGUCCCUGUAACGCCGUCUUUGGCAAUAUUUCAGAUAGCGAUAUACUUCCCGGCUCCCGCGUCACCCUGUCUUUGUCGUUAAGCCUCACCAUUGGUUGAAUUUGAUAUACACAUUCAGACGCACUUACCCCUAGAAGCGUCCCCAAAGUGUCACCGCAGCAGUGAUGCAGCGCGAGUUCCCUUUGAAAGGGACCUGUAACAAUGUAUCUUAAAAAGUAACACGAUGUAACCUUGCUCUCACUUAAAAUGUGUCCACACAUUUAGUCCUUGAAUUUGAGGGGAUUGGACUUGGAAAGUCCUUGAAAGGUCCUUGAAUUUUGAAGUCAACUAAGGUGUGGGAACCCUGAAUUUAAUUUGGGGCUACAAUCUCAUCAUAAAAUGGAUGUUUUUCUGUUAUAUACGUUAGACACAGUUAUAUAGAAUCCACAGACAUUCUUAUGAAAUGAGAUUUAAUAAAAUAUCUGAAGUAUAUGCCAAAGAUAUAACACUCCUGUUACUAAACUCUAAAAAUGGCUGGGUUAUUUUUGAACCAUGUCAGUUAAAUAUUGGACAGAACACACUGCUAUGACUCUAUGCUGUGUUGUUUUAAUCCAUGGUUUCGUAACAACAACCCAACAUUGGGUUAUUUUUAACCCAGCGUUUUGUUCAAUAUUUACCCAACAUAGGUCAAAAUAACCCAGCCACUAUUACAGUGUAUGAUUAAAGACAAUCCGACACUCGUUAUGGCCGUUUUGGCGACAGAAGUCUCGCCUUUUGUUUAAAACAACCAAUCGAUUCAAUCGAUAAAAACUGAUGAUUCACUGGGGGAGGAGCUCUGUCACAUCAAAGAUGUUUAAUUUUAACUAGAUGUAUUACUGCAAAUAUCAGAAUAGCUGCCUAGUCCCGCCUCCCAGUAAAAAAGAGCCAAUUGUCAAUCAAAAUCCUUCGGGAGAGGGACUUUGCACUUGCCAAAAAUCACAUGUCUUGUUGGUAUUGUUUUAACAAGACCUGGAGGCAUUGCAAAUAUGGUGUCUGAGUGAUGUGACUUCCAUAAAAGGACUUUGGUCGCUUGAGGGGCUUGACAAACUGUGGACAUGCGCUAUAGCUAAAACAACCUCUAAAAGAAGGUUGAAAAAAUUUGAGCUUGAGAAACAAAAGUUAUGGUACAGUUAAAGUCAGGUUUAAUUGUUGGUCAGAUAUAUGUUUUAAUUGUGAUUUUAACACAUGAUUUCAGAAAUGUGUGUCUUUCCCCAUUCAAGUAGGAAUUUAGUGUUGCAUGACGGAAAUAACUAGAGACGUUGCAAACACACCCGCCUAGUGGCGCCACUUCCCUAAAGGGGAAAUGAAAAUGAAACACAUUUAAAGGUUACACAAAGGCCAAAUUUGUUUAAUCGUGCAGUGCAACGCGUAAAACCAAAGAAUAUAGUGCUGAUGUGAAGCAAAAGAUUGUUAAGCUUCACAACCAAGUGGCUGUAAGAAAAUAGCUAUAAAGCAUUAAAAAUGUCCAUCAUCAGCACAAUAAUUAAGAAUUUUAAUAAACUGGAGAUGUUAUAUAUCUGCCUGGAAGAUGACGUGUCUAUACGCUCUUAAUUUACAAUCAGAAGAAUAUCUCAGAAAUCUCCAAGGAUUGACGAACUGCAGAAACUUAUUGAGUAUUAGGGUCAUAACUCCAAAAAAAGUUUAACAACACCUGUAUCACCACAAGUUGUUU